AUGCCAGUGUCCGCCCAGCAACUGGCGGCGGACUUGGAGAUCUUCGGCUUAAACUGCGAGAAGGCUAUGAUCGAUAAAUUGGUUGAGCUAUGCAUCGUGUACGGACAGAAUGAGGAGGGCAUGGCGGGGGAGCUCGUCGCCUUCGUCAGCACACACAAAGUCAACCUUACCCCAGAGACCCUGUGCUCUUUUGAGCAUGAGUUUCUCAGCAAAAGACUGUCCAAAGCCCGACUCAGUGCACCCAAGGACAGUGGACAUGCAGGAGCUCGGGACAUUAUUUCCAUUCAAGAGCUAAUUGAGGUGGAAGAAGAAGAGGAGACCCUCUUGAAUUCUUACACCACCCCCUCUAAGGGUUCUCAAAAGCGAACUAUCACCACCCCAGAAACCCCUCUUACUAAAAGGAACGUGUCCAUGCGCAGCCCCCAUCAGCUCCUCUCUCCAUCAAGUUUCUCUCCCAGUGCUACCCCCUCGCAGAAAUACAACUCAAGAAAUAACCGGGGAGAAGUGGUCACGUGCUUUGGCUCAGCACAGGGAGUGUCUUGGUCUGGGAGAGGAGGGGUUGGUGACAUCAGCCUGAAGGUCUUGGGGUGCCCAGAGCCACUGACCAAAAGCUACAAAUUUAUGUUCCAGAAGCUUUCAGAUGUUCGAGAAGUUCUGACCUGUAAGAUCGAAGAACUUGGCAUCGAACUCAAGGAACAUUAUAAGAUUGAGGCGUUCACCCCCGUUCAAGUCCCAGCACAAGAACCCGUCACCCUUCUGGGCCAGAUCGGCUGUGACAGCAAUGGAAAGCUGAACAGCAAGUCUGUGAUUCUUGAGGGAGACCGGGAACAUUCCUUAGGUGCUCAAAUCCCUGUGGAUUUAUCAGAGCUCAGAGAAUAUUCUUUGUUUCCUGGGCAGGUUGUUGUUAUGGAAGGGACCAACACCACAGGCAGAAAAUUUGUCGCCACCAAACUCUACGAGGGCGUGCCGCUUCCUUUCUAUCAACCCACUGAAGAGGAGGGAGAUUUUGAGCAAAGAAUGGUUCUGGUUGCCUGUGGGCCUUACACUACCUCUGAUAGCAUCACAUAUGACCCCCUGCUGGACCUGGUCACCAUCAUCAACCGUGACCGGCCGGACGUCUGUAUUCUGUUUGGACCUUUCCUGGAUGCCAAGCAUGAACAAGUGGAGAACUGUCUGCUCACGAGUCCAUUUGAAGAUGUCUUCAAGCAGUGUCUGCGCACAAUUAUCGAAGGGACAAGAAGCUCUGGCUCCCACCUCAUCUUCGUCCCAUCGUUGAGAGAUGUGCAUCAUGAGCCUGUGUACCCACAGCCCCCCUUCAGCUACACGGACCUGGCCAAAGAGGAUAAAAAGCGAGUACAGUUUGUGUCCGAGCCCUGCAGCCUCUCCAUAAGCGGAGCCGUCUUUGGCUUGACGUCCACAGACCUGCUGUUCCACAUGGGGGCUGAGGAGAUCAGUAGCAACUCUGGGACUUCAGACCGAUUCAGCCGCAUCCUCAAGCACAUCCUGACCCAGAGGAGCUACUACCCACUCUACCCACCCCAGGAAGACAUGGCUGUUGACUAUGAGAACUUCUACACCUACAGCCAGCUGCCUGUCACCCCAGAUGUCUUCAUCAUUCCAUCAGAGCUGAGGUAUUUUGUGAAGGACGUCCUUGGCUGCGUCUGUGUGAACCCCGGGCGCCUCACAAAAGGGCAGGUGGGAGGCACCUUUGGCCGGCUCUAUCUCCAGAGGCAGCCUGUGGCUGGGGAGGGGAGGCGGAGUCCAUGUGUGGCUGCCCAGGUGGUCAAAAUCUGA